AUGAUAGUAGCAUCCGGUAAACAAGACAUUGAGGAUAAAGAACAUGACAAACAAGUUAAAAAGACCAAAGUUGGUGUUUCUCCCUUAGUGGUUGUUUUGAGUGGUGAAAUACACAACAAAUUUUCUAGUUAUGUAGUUUUUAACGUGGCAGGUAGUCGAAAUACUGAAAAAGAAGUCUUUUUAAAAGAGGCUAAAUAUUUAGGUAAACUUAACAAUGAUGAAAUAAAAGAAAUCAAUGAAAAAGUAAAGACCAUUGUUGCUCUGGCUACGGCUCCCAUUACUCAAAAUAUUGCCUUGAUUCGCUUAUCUGGCCCCCAAACUUAUUCAAUUAUCACUCAGGUUUUUGACCGUUCUUUACCAAAAUAUCCCCAAAAAAAAUCACAAUUAAUUUUUGGCAAGCUUGUUAACUCACAAAAGGAAACUAUCGAUGAAGUAUUAUUGCUUUGUUUUUACAAACCUAAUUCUUUUACCGGCGAGGAUGUGAUAGAAAUUAGUUGUCAUGGUAAUUUGUUUGUUGUCAACCAAAUACUACAAUUAAUUCUGGAAAACGGCGCGGAUCUAGCCAAGGAAGGUGAAUUUACCAAACAAGCCUUUUUUAAUGGCAAACUAAAUUUAAUUCAAGCUAACGCCAUCAACGAUUUAAUUCGAGCUCCUAGUUUAUCCGGUGUCAAAUUGGCCCUGCAUAAUUUAAGUCAUGAAAACCAAAAAGAAUUAGAGUUUGUUGAAAAUGAACUACUUGAUAUUAUUGCUACUAUUAAAGUCAAUAUUGAUUAUCCUGAAUAUGACGGAGUAGAAUACUUAACUGGUAAAAAAGUACUUCCGCGCCUAAAUAAACUGUUAGAGAGGUUAUUAAUAAUAAAAAAAGAAAGCAAAAAAAUCCGUGUUUACCAAGAAGGCUUAAAAGUAGCCAUCAUUGGUAAGCCAAAUGUAGGAAAGUCUACUCUCUUGAAUGCCUUGUUGCAGGAAGAAAAAGCUAUUGUUUCACCCCUUGCUGGUACUACUCGUGACAUAGUCGAAGCUCGUUACAAUUUAAAUGGCAUUCCUUUGACUUUAUUGGACACAGCUGGUAUUCAUGAAACCUCAGAUAUAGUAGAAAAAAUCGGAGUAGAACGAAACAAAGAAAAUAAAUUACAACUUCCUAACGAAAUUUCCCACAAAAAGAUAUUAAAAAUUAGUGCUAAAAAUAAGCAACUGAGCGAAUUAGAAGCCAAAAUUAGCGAACUAUUUACCAGUAAUUUAAUAAAUAAUCUUUCUCCUUAUCCCUAUUUAAGUCAAAGUUGGCAGCAAGCCAAAUUAACUAAACUUACUCAGCAGUUAGAAACAGUAAUUAGCGAACUAAAAAAAGAAACUUAUUUAGAUGCUUUAUGCGGUGAUUUAGAAGUUAGUUAUAAAUUAGUCAAGGAAUUGAGCGGCAAGGAAUAUAAUGAGGAUUUGUUGGAUAUCAUUUUUAGUUGGGAUACCCAUGGAUUACCGAUUGAGCACAAAGUGAUUCAGACCUACCAAGGUGAAAAAAUUAAUUUGCACCAAGUCUGUCAUGACUUUGCUUUAACCCAAGUUCAAAUCCAAAAAGAGCAAUUAAAAAAAUUGGGAUUAUUUACUGACUAUAAGCAAUAUUAUAUUACUCUUAACAAAGAAUAUGAAGCCGAGCAAAUUCGAGUUUUUGGCGAAAUGGACAGAAAGGGAUAUAUUGUUGACGGAAGUGAUUUUAUUGAAGAAGGAGAAGGGUCAGGAAUAGUCCAUUUAGCACCUGCUUUUGGAGCAGAAGAUUUUGCAGUAUCCAAGAAAGAGAAAUUAACAAUUAAAUGCCCGCUAGAACCAAAUGGAAUAUUUAAUGAAAAAAUCGCGGUCUCAGAAUUGAUUGGCAAACAUUAUAGCGAAGUAAAUAAUUAUGUCAUUGCUGAUUUAGAAAAAAGAAAUUUAAUAGCAAAACAAGAAAAUAACGAACCAAUGCUUAAUUCAGAAAUUGUUGAUUAUGUUGCCGAAAUAGUUGCUAGUUGUGAUAAAGAGACAGUUUUAGGACAAGAUAUUAUGGACGUUUGGUUGGAUAGUGGAGUUUCACAUUGGUGUGUUUUGGGAAAGAGCAGAGAGUAA